AUGCAAACGAUAGCUUUGAAGUCACCAUCACUGAACUUUAGUCAGACAGAUAUCACCAGUCACGCAUCGAUACAAGAAAAGCGCGCAUCUUUGGUAAAACUCUUACCAAAGCAAGCUAAUGAUAUCCGUUACUUAUCUUCUGAUGAUGUCGUAUUGCUUUUGACAGUGUACAAACUUGAAAACAUACGCUGCCAACAUUGUCAUCCUUCGGGAAUACUCAACUAUUUCCAAGAUGACUGUUUCAGCGAGUCGUCAUCUAGUGAAUGUAUCAAGUCAAUUGCAGAUUCACUGACUAACACUUUCAUACAAUCCUGGGCAAUAAGAUCGAGAUCCCAAUCAAUAGAUGUUAAACUCCUUGACGAGAUCAAAGCGUUACUCGUGGGAACCUGCCAUAGAUUGGAAAUUGUGAGAUCCAUUGCUUUCAGUUUCUCGAAUAGGCUUUUGACAGCAAUACCAAAUUUGGUCUCCAAGCAAGUAAUAAUAUUUACGAUCCUUGAACUGCUCAGUUUGCUUCAUGAGUCAUGUACUAACCAACUGGAAUUUGAAUACUCGUUCAAAUUCAAUUACAGUUCAACACUCGCUGCUUUUGAGGUUGACCUUCCUGACAAUUAUUCGCUCAAGGAUAGCUUGAUUAAAAAGCUUACUCAUUCUCUCGAUGUAUGGGUUAUUUCGGCUUUACCUGGUGCAAAUUUGGAGCUCAGCUCCGCGUUGAGCGUAUAUCUCAGUGAGACUAGUGAAGCAUCUCCAACCCACUAUGGCGCUUCAUUGGCUCUGAAAUAUUCACUCAAGAUACCAUCAAGCGAUUCUCACCUAGCUUCGAAGUCACAAUUGGAUGAAGACCUUGCCGGUGCCUUCUCCAAUAGAUUCGGACUUCGUUGUAAAACUAAUGGUGAAAUUACAGGUGUUAGAUUAGCAUUAAAGAAGGGAGUUAACGAAAUGCACAAAAUACCAGACAAUGAGAUCUCUAAGGAGGAUGUACGUAGACUAAAGAAGCAAACACAAGAUUUACUUUAUGGUAUACACAACAAGGAAUGUGAUUUGACUCUACCUGAUCUCAAGCGUCUUCUUUGGAGAUGUGCAGGUAUCCUUGUUGCAUCGAAUAAGCUUGAUUUUGAGCUCCUCCAUUAUUUGGUUUCAGUUCCCUUCCAAGUAUUCACAGGUGAUUCUAUUUCCACUGCACUUGAAGUAUGGAUUUGGUUGUUCCACGAAAGAAAAGAUUUUCAAACUAAAACCAUUAUGGAAAUAUGCAAUGAAUGGUUAUCAACUAUCAAAGCACGUAAAGGAUUGUUCUCUACAGUGAAUUCCGAAAUUGAUCCUUUCCACGAUGGUAUUGAGUACUCACCAUCGAACGAAGAAGAAAUGAACAAUAAUGCGACAGUAGCUAAGAAAACAUUCCUACCCCAUCUCUACGUUAUUCAAUUAUUAAAUGGAUUCCUCACAUCACUUGAAUCACACGAUCCAGUCGCAAUCUUUACCAUCUCAAAGUGUUUAUAUAAAUCAACGAAAUCUGGCCUGAUGAGCAGACAUCCAUUAUCUAGGGAACUUAGGUUCACAAUCUUGAACACGGCUUUUAGAGUCAUCAGAACUGCUUCAUUGGAUUCCAACUCUGAGAGUUUGUUACGAGAAUCAACGCUCAACUGUGCACUCUCGUGGUUCACUGUUAAGCCACAUUGGUGUUUCGGUGGUAACAGACUACAAAUCAAGUCAGACAUUCAAUGUCUGAAUGUCUUCUUAUUAAAUAUUAAAUCAUCUGGUAGUCUUUCAACCUCUAUGGAUAACACCUACAAAGAAAGAAUAAAACUUUUAGAAGUAUUGCUCGAUAAUGAGGUGAACAAAUUGAAAGUAUGGCUCGAUCCUUUGAACGAUGCGGAGAGAGGUGGUUAUCUUCCAUCACUAAUGCAUAAUGCAACAAUAUCCGAGCAUGAAUGGCAUAAAUACAUUAACAUUGCGUGGGCUCAUUCGACAGAAUUGUUGAUGGGCUUAGCAAGCAGAUUUAAAUCACCAACUAUCACAAGGGAGUUGAAGAAACUGGCGAGACACUUCACAAAUAGUUUUAUUGAUAUCCCAGAAGCUCUUGAACACUUCCUCAAUGGUGGCCUUCAAGAACUCUCUUCAACAUCACUAAGAUUCCUCAACUUUUGGGCACCUGUUUCUCCUUCCUCUGCUUUGGCAUAUUUCCAACCGGAAUAUAAAAAUGAUUCAAUGAUAUUACAAUAUGCAAUGAAAUGUUUGGAACAUCACACAGUUCAACUUACUUUCUUCUACGUUCCACAAAUAGUACAAGCUCUUCGUGAUGAUAAAUUAGGAUACGUGGAAAGAUUCAUUUUCGAGACAGCUAAGAUUUCUCAAUUAUUCUGUCAUCAAAUUAUCUGGAACAUGAAAGCUAACACGCAUAGAGAUGAUAAUGGUGAAUUAGCUGAUCCUAUGAAACCAUUGUUAGAAAAUAUGAUCAAUAUGAUAGUUUCAUCUCUAUCUGGUGAUGCUAAGGAUUUCUACGAAAGAGAGUUCACGUUUUUCGAUUCCGUUACUUCGAUUUCCGGUAAACUCAAACCAUUCGUGAAAAAGAGCAAACCAGAGAAGAAGGAAAAGAUUGACGAGGAAAUGAAACAGAUCGAGGUAGAUCCUGGUGUAUACUUACCAAGUAAUCCAGAUGGUGUUGUUGUCGAUAUCGAUAAGGUUUCCGGUAGACCUUUACAAAGUCAUGCAAAGGCUCCAUUUAUGGCGACAUUCAAGGUCCGCAAAGAGGUCGUUAACCUUGAGUCUGCUGAUGAUGGUAUACUUGACAAUGACCAAGAAGAGAAGAAGCAUGUGUUUGAGAAAUGGCAAGCAGCUAUAUUCAAGGUCGGAGACGAUUGCCGUCAAGAUGUCCUUGCUUUACAAGCCAUAGCUAUAUUCAAAACUAUCUUCUUCACAAGUGGAUUAGCUCUGUAUUUAAACCCAUAUCGCGUCACUGCUACAGGCCCUGGUUGUGGUGUCAUUGAUGUCGUACCAAACGCAACGUCAAGAGAUGAAAUGGGAAGAGCCAAAGUAAACGAUCUCGCGGAGUAUUUCUUACAAACGUUUGGAUCUAAGGAGAGUAUGGCUUACCAAAAGAGUAGACUUAACUUCAUUAGAUCUAUGGCUGCUUACUCUCUCAUUUGCUACAUAUUGCAAAUUAAAGAUAGACAUAAUGGUAAUAUUAUGAUCGAUGGGGAGGGUCACAUAGUUCACAUUGAUUUCGGUUUCUUAUUCGAUAUCGGUCCUGGUGGUAUCAAAUUUGAGCCUAACUCGUUCAAAUUGAGUCACGAAAUGGUUACUGUGAUGGGCGGUAAAGAUAGUGACGGUUAUAAGAUGUUCCAGGAGCUCAUUGUUAAGGGUUUCAUAGCUUCUCGAAUCUAUGCCAACGAGAUUGUAAAUGUCGUCAAGCUCAUGCUGGGAACUGAAUUGCCAUCAUUCAAGGGAGAAGGCACUAUCAGUAGAUUGAGAGAUAGGUUUAUGCUUCAUUUGGAUGAUCGUGCUGCAUCCCAAUACAUGAUUGGUGUCAUUAGAAACGCACACGAGAACUCUCGUUCAAUUGCGUACGAUGAAUUCCAAAGUAGGUGUCUUCAUUAUCUUUAA